AUGGCUGCCAAAGCCAAAGUCCUCCUUCGAUCGUUCGUUCAAGAUGGCAUGGAAAGGUUUACAUAGUGUGAUGUCUGUCUCUUAGCCUAUAGUACUUAUAGGGGGCCUUGACAAGAUUUUUUUAUAUGCGUAUAUUGCUGAGUGCAUUGCAAAAAGAACUCAUCUAAAGCAAAGUACAUCGGCUGGGAUGGGAAAUUUUUAAUUUACAAAAUGCUACAAUAGAGUCUUUUUUGGAGGAGGAAACGUAUUUUCAACUUCACUGAAACGUCCUGCCGACCCGGGGAAAACGGAGAAAGGUAAGCUUACUGUUUAAUUGGUAUGUUUUAUCACUCAAACUGUGUCAGACAACGUCUUGAUCUUCAAUUAUUUAGAUGUUGUUGUGUUUUAUAUAAGCUUAGGCUUAGUUUCUCUGUUUCUUGCCAGGUUGUGAAUUUCUGACUCUACUGCCUCUUAAUGACGGAGUGAUGCAUGUAGCGACUCAGAGACCUCCUUAUUUUUUUAAUUUUUUUUUUCAAAACAUUCCUCAUCACGGCACCUUCUAUUAA